AUGUGUGACAGAUGGAAGCCAGGUGUUGACUUAGAGUUUGAAAGUGUCGAUGAAGCAUGGGAGUUUUGGAGUGAAUAUGGUAGGAGGAAGGGUUUUGGCAUUAGAAAGCAAUACUUCAAUAAGCGAAAAAAUGGUGCUAUCACAAGUUAUAAAUAUGUUUGUUGUAAAGAAGGACUUUGGAAAGGAGAUAAAAGAGAUUCACAAGUUGUAAAACAUAGAGCUGAGACUAGGACGAAUUGUUAUGCUCGAAUUGGAGUGUCCUUGGGAAAGAACAAAAAUUUUGUUAUACAUGAGUUUGUAGAAGAACAUAAUCACCCUUUACAAGUUUUAGAGAUAACCCACAUGUCAGUUUCACAUCGUAAGAUAACCCUGGUCCAAGCAUUUGAGAUUGGCAUUACUGAGAGUUUCGAUCUACAACAAAAGUCAUCAUAUCAACUUGCUACAACACUUGUAGGCAAUAAGGUGAAUGUGGGUUACACUAGGUUGGAUGCCAAAAAUUACCUAAAUGUAAGAAGACAAUGA